UUAGGAAAAAUUCAAUUAUUCGCAUUGAAACAACAACAACAGCAACAAAAAUCAUACAACGAAAACAGCGACAACAACCUACGACUACUACUUUACUAGCCAUCCGAAAUUCUUUUCAUUUUUUUUUUUUUGUAAACAACAAAAAAUCUUUUGAAUAUAUUGUUAUUAUACACCUUUUUUUAGACAUAAUCAACCAAUCAACAAAACAAAACAAAACAUUGGCAUUGAAUCUUGCAUCAUUUAUAUAUCAUUGAUCGAUAAUCCAAGAUUAUUUUUUUUCUUUUUUUUCAAAUUUCUUCAAUUAUUUUUUUUUCUCAUUCAUUUUGGUUGUACAACCGUGUGUUCGUUUUUAUGAUUCUCGUCCGGCGUCUUAAAAAAUAAUAAGACGCGUCAGUGACGAGUAAUCAUUAAAACAAACGAUCCGAAAGGAUAUAAAAAAAAACCGCAACCACGGGUAUUACAGUGAUGGCGUGCUGUCUGAGCGAAGAGGCGAAAGAACAGAAAAGGAUUAAUCAAGAAAUUGAACGUCAACUUCGCAAAGACAAGCGAGAUGCUCGUCGUGAGCUCAAAUUAUUAUUACUUGGUACCGGAGAAUCCGGUAAAAGCACAUUCAUCAAACAGAUGCGUAUCAUACAUGGAUCAGGAUAUUCGGAUGAAGAUAAAAAAGGUUUUAUUAAAUUGGUCUUUCAGAACAUAUUUAUGGCCAUGCAAAGUAUGAUCAAAGCGAUGGAUAUGCUCAAAAUACCUUAUAAAGAUAGUAAAAAUAUUGAAAACGCCGAUCUAGUACGUUCUGUUGAUUAUGAAACAGUGACCACAUUUGAUAGUCCAUAUGUUGAAGCAAUCAAAUGUUUAUGGGCCGAUACUGGUAUACAAGAAUGUUUUGAUAGAAGAAGAGAAUAUCAGCUCACCGAUUCUGCCAAAUACUAUUUGAGCGACAUUGAUCGAAUUGCCGCACCAGAUUAUUUGCCUACUCAACAAGAUAUUCUGCGUGUCAGAGUGCCUACUACUGGCAUCAUAGAAUACCCUUUUGAUCUUGAUUCGAUUAUAUUCCGGAUGGUCGAUGUGGGUGGCCAGCGAUCCGAAAGAAGAAAAUGGAUCCACUGUUUUGAAAAUGUAACCUCAAUUAUUUUUUUAGUCGCCUUAAGUGAAUAUGAUCAAAUUUUAUUCGAAUCUGAUAAUGAGAACCGAAUGGAGGAAUCGAAAGCAUUGUUCAAGACCAUAAUAACAUAUCCAUGGUUUCAGAACUCCUCCGUAAUAUUAUUUCUAAAUAAAAAAGAUUUAUUGGAAGAAAAAAUUAUGUAUUCACAUUUAGUUGAUUACUUUCCCGAAUAUGAUGGUCCAAAAAAGGAUCCAUUACAUGCCAGAGAAUUUAUAUUAAAAAUGUUUGUCGAUCUCAAUCCGGACAGUGAGAAAAUAAUUUAUUCUCAUUUUACCUGUGCAACAGAUACGGAAAAUAUUCGAUUCGUUUUUGCUGCUGUGAAAGAUACAAUAUUACAGUCAAAUUUAAAAGAGUAUAAUUUGGUCUAACUAAUUAAACUAUAACAACGAGAACAAUGACAACCGAUAACAACAACCGAAAAUCGACAACAACAACAACAACAACACAUCUAUGGACAUU